AUGUACUACGAUGUUUAUAUAAGUGAAAGAAUUAAGAAUAACGAUUGUGGCGCCGUUGACUGUUUACAACCUGGCUUGCAAUUUUUUACGACUUCAACCAAAGUACCGUCAUUAAAUUAUUUGAAACUUAUUGACGACGCGCCAGAUGACAUGCUUCGUGAUCAAUAUUGGGAACAAUUUAUACAGACCAAUUUAUCUCAAUUAAACAAAUUUGAUUUCUUUUUUCAACAGCAUUUUAAUGUAAUGAGAACACCAGAAGAGCUCGAGUUCAUCAAUGCUGCAUUUCAAACACCGUUUUGGAUUAAACUCAAACAAUGGUUUACUAUAUUUCAAUAUCACAAUGAACCGACGGUAGAAUUUCGCAUAUACACAAUACCAAUAUGUACAAGUACGUUUCUUCACAACCCAGGAUUCGCUCAACUUCCUUCUCCUGCAACAUCAAUGAGAACAGAACACAAUAAUAUUGAAGCAAUAAUUGUUGAUAAACGCAAUAUCGAUGAUACUGCACUCGAAAGAGAAGAUAUGCGAGAGAACUAUUUUCAUUUUAGAAAAGUUGCUUACCUUAUAGUUAAUUUGUAUUCAUCUUGGUCAGCAUUAUUAGUCUCAACAACUUUUAAGGCUAUUGAUAUCACGAAGAUAGGUUCCUGUUUGGAAGAAGCACAUAGUCUUCAGUCUCUGACAAUUAGUAAUUUUCUCUACGAAAAUGGUACUCCUAUACCGUUCGAAAGUAUCUGUUCGAUAUUUCCAUGUGGAGUACAACAGUUGGAUAUAUGGAUGAACAAUGUGGCACAAAUCAAGAUAAUAAUACAAUCGAUUGAAUUUAUUGGGAUGGAUCGAAAGCAAUGA